UGAUGGAAGAAGCUGAAGAUGGUAUUGCUGUGGUGGGAAUUGGAUGUAACUUUCCAGGAGGGGAGGGGCUUGACAACUUCUGGAAGGUUCUACUGGAGGGGAAGAACUGCGCUGUGCAAAUUCCCAAAGAGAGGUUUGACGUAUCCAGCUGGUAUGACCCAGAUGACAACAAGGCAGGAAAAUCCCGCACAGCCAAGGCUGCCCUCAUUGAUGGGUACAAUGAGUUCGCCAGGUUUUUUGGUAUCACUGACAGUGAAGUGCAACAAAUGGAUCAACAAAAACAGCUCCUGCAGUGUGUAUACCGGGCUUUAGAGAAUGCAGGCAUUCCUAUGGAGAAUGCCAGCGGAACAAGGACAGGAGUGUUUUUUGGCAUAAUGAACAGAGAUUAUGAAACAAACGCAGCACAGGUACAUCCGAGUGUGAUCAACCACUGGACAGGCACAGGGCUCGCUAUGAGCAUUGCAGCAAACAGAGUCUCCUACAUCUUCAACUUUACUGGACCCUCGCUGUCCAUAGACUGUGCCUGUUCAUCAUCUCUUGUUGCGCUGCAUCUUGCCUGCCAAUCCAUUAAACUCGGUGACUCUGAGAUGGCUGUAUGUGGAGGAGUCAGCUGCAUUAUUGAUCCAAGACUAUUUGUUGCACUCAGCAAGGCCAGGAUGAUCUCCCCUGAUGGCACCAGCAAACCUUUCUCCAGAGGAGCAGAUGGCUACGGCAGAGGGGAGGGCUGUGGGGUUGUUCUCCUGAAGCCCCUUAAAAAGGCUCUCCAAGACCGUGAUAAUAUCUGGGGUGUCAAGAAAACAGCAGUAAACCAAGAUGCCUCUGUCACUCCAAUCACCAAGCCCUCCAUGACACCAGAGGAGCUGCUCAGAAGGGUCUAUUCAGUUUCCGACCUGGAAAAUGUCCAGUACAUAGAAGCACAUGGGACAGGAACUCCAGCUGGAGCAACAGAGGCAGGGAGCAUUUCAAAUGUCAUUGCUAAAGCCAGACCUCCGUUCAAAGCCACUGUGGUUGGCUCUGUGAAGAGCAACAUUGGACACACUGAAUCUGCAGCUGGAGUGGCUGGACUCAUCAAGGUUCUCCUGAUGAUGAAGCAUAAGACCAUUGUUCCCUCAGUUUUCUACUCUGAUGACAGUUCCAGUGUAGAUGCCAAAUCGUUGAACAUCAAAAUUCCCCAAAAAACAGAAAAGUGGAAAACAAGUAGAGUAAGAACUGCUGGAGUGAACAACUUUGGCUUUGGAGGGACAAAUGCACACGCCAUUGUCACACAGCACAUGCAACCAUGUGCUGAGCAAAAAAUUGAUGAAAGGCAAGUGAACUAUUUCGUCACAUCAGCCAAUUCAUUGAAAUCCCUUUCUAUGACUAUGGAAGACACCAUCAAACAGCUGGAGGCAGAUGAGGAAGUUCACCUGCCAUUGUGUUACACAUCAGCCUGCAGGAGAAGCCACCAAAAGCAUAAAUUCAGAAAAGUCAUUGAGGCAUCAUGUAUUACUGACCUUAAGAAACUGAGAGCUUCUGUUGGAAAAAAUGUCACCCCAGCCUCCUUAGAUUCCAAGUUGGUUUUUGUCUUCUGUGGUAACGGUCUCACUUACCACGGUAUGUGCAAGCAGCUCCUGGAAAAAGAGCCUGUGUUCAGAGAAAAGAUUGCUGAGAUUUCGCUGUGUUUCCAAAGUCUGGGCAGUCUUAACAUUCUGAAGACACUCGAGAGUGAGACUGAGAGUAGUGACUUCAACAGUCCAGAUGUUAUUCAGCCUCUUCUCUUUGCCAUCCAGGUGGGGAUUUCCACCUUACUGAAGCACUGGGGGGUGAAGCCUGAUGCAGUUCUUGGACACUCUGUUGGUGAAGUUGCAGCUGCUCACUGUUCUGGCCUCUUGUCUCUUGAAGAUGCAGUGAAAGUCAUAUAUUUCCGGAGCACUCUCCAGAGGAAAGUCACAGGAGGGACGAUGCUUGUGGUCAGCAACAUGCCUGUUUCAGAGGUAUCAUCUUUUCUUCUUCCCUAUGCUGGUAAAGUUUGUGUCGCUGCUUUCAACAGUCCUCAGUCUUGCACCCUUUCUGGUGAUGCAAGUGCAAUUGAGAACGUCCAGAAGGAGCUCAGUAACUCAGCUAUCGGUUCAAAUCUGUUCCUCCGCCUGCUUGAUGUUCCCACUGCCUACCACAGCCACAUGAUGGACCCGAUCCUAUCAGAUAUUCAAAAGCAAUUGGCUCCUUGCAUGAAUGAGCUUAGCAGAGUGUUUUCAACAGUAACAGGCAAGGAAGUUCAGCAGGGAGAUUUCUGCACAGGCAAGUACUGGGCCCGAAACAUUCAGCCAGUGGCUUUUGAGCAGGCAGUGAGAUCAGUAGCUAAAGAUAAGAGGAACGUGGUCUUUGUAGAGAUAGGGCCAAGAAGGGCACUGCAAAGAAACAUCGUGGAAACUCUGGGAAAUGGCACAGCUGUUCUUGCCUCUGUGAUGCCAAAGAAAGAUCAUGAAUCAGUCAGGUCUGUUGUUUCUCAGCUUUUUCAACUCGGUGCUCCAGUAGACUGGAACACUUUCUACAGGGGCUAUGAGACGAUGCCACUGUCUUUCCCACGAUACCAGUUUGAUUGUUCACACAGAGAUGUUAUCAUUGGAGCAGCACAGACAAAUACACAAAGUGACCACCCAGUGCUCCAUCAGACAGGAAGUGGAAGCAACAUUUUCACUUGUGAUCUGAAGUCUGAAUCCUCUUCCUACUUGACAGAGCACAAGCACAAUGGGAUACCCAUCAUCCCUGGUGCUUUCUAUGCUGAGGUGGGUUUAGCUGCAUUCAUGGCAGCUGCAAAACCAAAAGUGCCCCUCAAUUUCGUCCAGCUGAGUGUCAGUUUUCACAACCCAUUUGUGUUGAGUCACAAAUCUCCUGAACUCAAAGUGCAACUUGAACAAAAAGAUCAAGAAACCAGAUUCACUGUACUUUCCCCUUCUGCUGUGUAUGCAUCAGGCACUGUCGUUUUGAAUGAAGAGAGGCUGCUUGAGGAGUCAUGCAUUUCACUGACCUCCAUCCAGAAACGAUGCACAUCUGUUGUGAGCUUUAAGGAGUUGUAUGGUUAUCUCUCUCAGGCGGGCUUCCAAUAUGGGGAUGUAUUCCAAAAUAAAGCAGACAUACAUUAUGGGGAAGAACUGAAGGAGGCUUUUGCACCCAUCUCAGUCCCUGAGGAACUGAUGUCUCAAUUCUAUGAUUACCACAUUCAUCCCGUUGUGUUGGAUUAUCUGAUGCAGCUUCUUCCAGUUACAGUUGAACACAUCUUUGCUGGUAGACCAGGAUUUCCUGCCAAAAUAGGAAGUCUGAAGGUUGAACCCUUGCAAAAGGAGAUGAUUGUUUAUUUGCGAGCCACUGAUGUGGGCACUGAUCACUUUGAGGUCUGGUGCUUUGCAGACAGGGAGGGGAGAGUGUUGGUUGAGGUUAAGCAUGUGAUGAUCAAAUACCUUGGUAGCCACUCUCAUGUUGUUGAAGAGUAUUUCUACCACAAUGUCUACAGUGUAAUCCCUGGUUUCAGUCCUGCUCCUCCUCCAAAGGCCCUGGUCUUCGUGACCCUAUUGGGAUUGCUCAAGGUUUGCAACAGCAUCUGGAUUCGAAUUCCAGAUAUGUAUCAUUCACACAUGCAGAACAAAUCUUGA